AUGGAUUUUGACAAUUCUUUUGAGGAGUAUACUGACGGCAAGAAAUUUAUUGCUCUUGUGGUUUCUGAUAAUGAAGACGACUAUAAUUCGUCGGUGGACUCGAUAGGUGAAGUAACAGGCCAUCAUGGAGAUGGCGGCAGAGAAGCAUAUAUAGAACCAAAACAAGCGCGAUUAGGAAAGACACAUACAGAUGCGAUGGCCGCAGCCGUACCGGCAGGUAAGAACGGAAUUGAACCAGCCACUGGAAUCAUCUGUAAAAUAGCGAGCCCAGGAGCAAGGAAACCAUUGGGCUCCGGUCCAGGUGUAUUCAACGCGGCCGCAAUGGCAAAGGUGAGCGCGGUUAAUGCCACCGUGGGAGUUGGCAGCAUCAGUAUGAAAAGUAAAACCGAAGAGAAGAAAAGAUGGUCUUUUAUGUCUAAUCACUCUUCGUCGAGCAAUAAUAAUAGUGUCAGCAACGCCAACGCCAACGGCAGUGCGAAGAAAAGGUGGUCUACUCUCUCGACAUUCACCAAUGACUCAGGAUCUAUUUUGAGAGAGAACAAAGACACGAAGGAAAACCGCGAUUCCAAAUUCUUGAAGAGAGUCUCGACCCAUAGCUCCAUUUCGUCACACAAGAGAACCUCGAUAAUAAGCUCCGGAACUAUUAUGUCUACUGGUACCAACAGUAUUAGCGAGACUAACGAACACAGUGCAAGAUCUCCGACUACUUCAUUAAAAAGAUCAUCGACGGGGUCAUCAUUGAGACAAUUAUUUGGAUUGAUUGCAAUAAGUGAUGACAACAAGGAAAACUCAAAAAAUAGCACUAAAAACAAAGCCGAUAAAGAAAAUUUCAAAAUCCCUACAAAAACAUCCAUAGGUCGUUCUUUCUAUUCAAAACCGUUGGGACAAACAGAGCGAAGAAACUCGAAUUUUAGGCCUCCUUUAGCUCCAAUUGUUAAUGAGACAUCUCGUCAACGUCAUUCAGUAAUGCUAGGGAAUAACAAUAACUAUAAUCAAUACCACAAUGAUAAAAACAGUCAACGUUUCCACACCCAUUCGCCGAGUAUCACAUCACUAUCUUCGAUGGUAUCACAAGGUUCCAAAUGGAAAUUCUGGAAAAGAAAUAGUGGCAAUGGCAGUGGUGGUGAUGAGAACUCUCUUUCAAGGUCAUCAUCAAGUCAAUCACUGAGCCUGAACGGAAAAAACCCCUCUUACGCGUUGAAUACUAGUAAUGGAUACGUCGAAAAUAAAACAAAACACAAAUCGUCGUUUUCUGAUUUCCACAAAUCGAUUUUCUCUCACAACAAUAAUAGUGCUACCGUUAACGACUCCUGUAAAGACUCCUCAUCAACUAUAUCUAGCUCCCUAUCAAAAAGACCAUCGUCAUCUAAUAUGUCAAUGGUAGGUUUAAAACAUAUGACAUCGCAAUCAAGUUUGAAGCACAAAACUUCCCAUACUUCUUUGCAAAGAUUCAAAACGAGACGGAAAUCGAACAAUACUUCAGGGCCGGAUAAUUCAUCCGUAUCAUCUCACAAUACUUCCACGUCACAAGGACCACAAAUCUCACUGCCAGUUCCUGAUCAAAUGUCAAGAGAUAAAAUCAGAGCCAAAUUAAAAAAUUCUGCUUCUCUAUUAUCUCUGAGCUCCUCAACACCUGUAACAAUGAAAGAUUAUGAUGAAUCAUUAUUACAACAAAUUUUAGAGUACAGCGAUAUUAAACAUAUUGUUAAUGACUAUGAGAAAAUGUCUUCUCUAAAAACCGCUCAAAGGUUAACAACACAUGUUUGGAAAGCAAAGGAGGCAGAAGAUGCUGUAAUUUACAAAAAAUUGCCCUUGGCAACUUUAGAAGAUGUUACCUACUCGAAGCAGAUGUGUCUGCAAGAGUUGAAAAUGCUGCGUCUUUGCAAAGGAACAACCGGAUUACCAUAUCUAUUACAGUCAUAUGUGGUUCGUGAGUCAUCAUCGGAUGAAUUUAAUAAGGAUGGCAAACUAUUUUUACUUCUCGUUCUUAAGGAUCAUGGAAUACCCUUAUCUGGUGUCAAGUUAACAAGUUGGUCCCAAAUCCAAAAAAUAUUUUGGCAAUGCGUGACAAUUUUAUAUGUCGCAGAAGCAAAAUUUCAAUUUGAACACAGAAAUUUAACUUUGGAUCAUAUUUUAAUUGACAAAAAUUCUAACGUAACGUUAUGUGAUUUAAAAUCGAGCAGAGCGGAGCAAGGUCCUAAUGAAUCUGUUUUAUUCACAAGAUUGGAUCACCCGUUGUUUUUUCAAGGUGGAGGAGACUAUCAAUUUGAGAUAUAUAGUUUGAUGAGGUCAAUUUUAGCCGAGUCUCAUUCAUGGGGAACGUAUGAACCCAGGACGAAUUUGUUGUGGUUACAUUAUUUCUGCGUGAAAAUGUUCAGAAAGUAUGAAUAUAUGGGCGGAUCAGAAAGAGACAAAAUGACUAAAUUUGCACAGCUUUUAGAUCCCUUAAUAACUUCUAAACGUGGGAUCUUCAAGAGAAAUGAAGCAGACAUUAAAACAUGCGGAGAUUUAUUGAGAUUUAAGUAG